AUGCCCUGCUUUAAAGGGCUUGCCGUGAGCAUCCACACGCCCGAUGGCCCGAUCUCCGAAUACUCCAUUCAACGCCAUUCUCGAGCUUCGCGCAUAGGUUGUUUCAUUCCUGUUCCUCCACCCAAAAUUCCCGAAUCUGGGACCGGCAAAGCGGAACAAUCAACCUUCGCCAUUUCCGUCACCCUCCUGAAUCCCGAGCAAGAUGUUCCUUACUCGACCCCAAAGCCGACAGCAGACUGCCCCUCGCCGAAACCAAAAGUUGUGGGCAAAUUGCCCGGUGAACCAGGUCAAAUCGCCGGGACGGUCGCACCAUACCAAGGCUUGACAAACUCACCGAACGAGACCGUAGCUGCAUACAUCUACUUUGACGGAAGACAGAAGGAGGAGGUGGCUACACUACUGCGGCGAGGAGAAGAGACAUGGGUGAAUUCACGCUGGGUCAGCGUCCCGGAGAGCGAAGGCGGGGGAAUUGCCGAGCGCGAGUUCUUGUUCCGCGAGGUCGGUCUGGAGCGCUGGCUCAACGGAUUGGACCUGGAAGGCAAGGAUGCCGCAGCCAAGAUUGAACGCAGGCGACAAAAGAUGGAGAAACGACGUGCGAAGCGCGCCGCUGAGGAAGAUCCGACUGCCAUGGAAAUGGAGGACAAUCAUCCUACCAAGUCCAAGACCAUUAUGCGAUACGGAAAUGAUGAGAAGUCGCCCCUCGAGGAUGUUUCAGACGACGACCUCUCCUCCGACUCUGACGACGAUGAUCCAAUUCCCGAGACAGCGGGCCAGAUUAAGGUUGCUUUGUUCCGAGUUCUGGCGUCGGGAGAAAUCAAGCGGGGCGAGUACUCCCCGCAGUUUGAUGCACACGACGAUGAGGAGGGUGGUCAAGAUAACAGCGGCGGAGGAGAUGCCGAUGUUGACCACACCACAAGUUUUGCGAAGCCCAAGUCACUCGACCCGAAGACCAUUAGUACGCAAACUGUUACUGGUAUUGACCCGAGUGACAAACCAUAUGCUGUAUUCACUUUUAUGUACCGUGGUGAACGCCAGUUGCAGAAGAUGGGUAUCUUGAAAGAUCCCAAGGUGCAAGAGACGCCUGCUGCCACGAAGCGCAAGUCCAUACAAGCUGAUUUCGCAAACCUCGGCCCUAUCAAGCCUGGGGGCUCUGUUGGAUUCCUUAAUUUCCGGGACAACGAACCCAAGCCGCGGAAGGGCAAGAAGAGCGUCGAUGAAAUGGACAGUGAUGACGACGACACCGACAAUCCCAUACUUGGCAAGGCAGACGAUGAAGAAGCCAAGGAUGACGAUCGGUUCUUGUCUCCAGAUGACAUUCAACGCCAGGGAGAGCUGGCGGAAAGCCUGCGGAAGAUUCGACUCAAGCGUCAGCACUCCGCCGAGCCACCUGGGGCCAGUGUCGGUGACUCUGCCGAUACGCCGGCUUCCGGUGUGCCCUCCGAGCCCUCUCAGCCAGCUGCUGAACCAGAAGAUGGCCUUUUCGGUAGUCCGCUGAAGAAACAGCGCGCGAGUGUUUCUACAGCAGAUGAGAAUGCCCUCAGACGCCGGAUCGCAGAGUCGUCCGGUAGAAUCAAUGAAGUUCUGGGCUCCUCCGCUCCAGCGGAAUCAACUUUAACCAGCCCGAAGAUAUUCGCAGAUGGGUUCAGUCUUACACCUGAUCUUUCCGCUGGACCGCCAGAAACCGAAGAGGAGUUGUAA